AUGCAAAACCAGAGCUUUGUCACUGAGUUCAUCCUCCUGGGGCUUUCACAGGACCCAAAAGUUCAGAAAAUAUCAGUUGUUAUGUUUUUGUUUGUUUACAUUACUACUGUCGGAGGAAACAUGCUGAUUGUGGUGACCAUCAUCUUCAGCCGUGCACUGUUUUGCUGUCCCAUGUACUUCUUCUUGACAUUCUUGUCCUUCCUGGAUGCAUGUGUUUCUUCUGCCAUCACACCAAAAAUGAUUUCAGAUUUGCUUUCUGAGUUCAAGGUUAUCUCUUUUCAGGGUUGCAUGACACAGGUCUUUUUUGUCCACUUCUUUGCUGCAGUGGAAAUGAUUGUCCUCACAGUUAUGGCCUAUGACCGCUAUGUGGCCAUUUGCAAGCCCUUGCAUUACAUUUCCAUCAUGAACAGGAGGGUCUGUGGCAUUCUGGUGGGGGUAGCCUGGGCAGCCGGUUUCUUGCACUCCAUCAUACAAAUUUUAUUUACUCUGCAACUGCCCUUCUGUGGACCCAAUGUCAUCGAUCAUUUCAUAUGUGACUUGUUCCCAUUGCUGAAGCUUGCCUGCACUGACACACACAUUUUUGUCUUUUUGGUGUUUGCCAACAGUGGGUCUAUCUGCAUCAUCAUCUUCUCCUUGCUGCUUGUCUCCUAUGGUGUCAUCUUGUUCUCUCUCAGAGCACACAGUCCUGAGGGUCGACGUAAAGCUCUCUCCACCUGCGGAUCCCACGUUACUGUUGUGGUUUUGUUCUUUGUGUCAUGCAUAUUAAUAUAUGCAAGACCUACAUCUGCGCUCUCCUCUGAGAAAAACAUAUUUUUAUUUGCCACCGUCCUGACCCCACUGCUCAAUCCCAUGAUCUACACUUUCAGGAAUAAGGAAAUGAAGAAUGCUGUUCAGAAAAUGUGGAAGAGAUUGAGAAUGGUUUCUUGUGCUUUUUAA